UACUUCUGUUAGUCGUUCUGCAUAAGAACGUCUGCUAAAUGACUCAAAUGUGAAUGUAUUUAAGGCGUCGUUUGGUUAUUGUAAAGGUGCAGAAGGGUAGCCCCUCCCUCCUGGGGUGCAUCCGUAGAUAUAAAUGCUUUGCCACCGCCGCCGCUCCUCUUCAUUCGCAGUGGUGGUGCAGUCUCCAAAGUUUUCCCGCGUCUACGUUUUCUACUCUACACUUUCAACAAUUGCACAUUUACAUAAACGUGUAUUUCAGUUGUAUACAUUUAGGCAGAUUUUGGUUCAUGUUUACUGUACUAGCCAAUAUUUUACCUGUGGACGUACGUGCCAAAUUGUUUUCGUUUUUAUCUGUAAAACUGACAUUUUGUUUCAAAGUAUGACUUUCUUUAGUCCAAAUAUUAGUAAUAGAAGUUUGGAAACAGAAUUGGCCGAGAAUUUGUCCCGGGAUGAGCGCUUGGCUCGAGUUGAAAUAGCCCUUUUAAGCAUAAUAUUUGUCAGUGGAGCAAUCUUAAAUUUUGGACUGCUAUUUGUGCUGUGGAAGAGGAGGAAGCAGCUGUCGAGGAUGCGCGUCUUUGUUUUUCACCUUUGCCUGGCAGACCUUGUUGUCACAUUUUUCCAAGUUUGUCCGCAGCUGAUGUGGGAUGUAACGGACAGAUUCUUCGGUCCUGACGUUUUGUGCCGCCUGGUGAAAUACCUGCAGGUCGUUGGCAUGUUUGCCUCCACUUACAUGAUUGUAGUGAUGACCAUUGAUCGCUAUCAAGCAAUCUGUAACCCAAUGGUUACUUUCCAGAGGCGGAGAGCGCGCUGGAACGUGCCUGUGUGCGUUGCUUGGUCUGUAUCCCUCAUCGGGAGUCUCCCUCAAGUAUUCAUCUUCUCCCGAGUUCAAAUCGCGCCUGGUGUCUAUGACUGCUGGGCUGACUUCAUCAAACCGUGGGGGCUAAAAGCUUACGUGACCUGGACCACUCUAGUGAUAUUUGUCUUGCCCAUCUUAACUGUUAUCGUGUGCCAGGUGCGUAUUUGCCGAGCUGUUCAAAUCAACUUUCACAUGAAAACUCAACAAGUAUCGACAUUUCUCGCCAAACCGCUGCCCUCCAGGGCAAGUAGCGUUGCUGGGGUAUCCAAAGCCAGGAUCAAGACCGUGAAGAUGACUUUGGUCAUUGUUCUUGCCUACAUUAUCUUUUGGACUCCUUUCUUCACUGUCCAGCUGUGGUCCGUCUGGGAUGUCCAAGCACCCACUGAGACUGCAACUUUCACCAUCCUGAUGCUCCUGGCGAGUCUGAACAGCUGUGCAAACCCCUGCAUCUACCUGCUCUUCAGUGGGAAGCGCCCCAAGAUACGUGUGGCUUUAGUGUGUGUUAGCCAGUCGGACAUGAAUGACUCCAUACAAGAGGACGCCACUGUGGUUAGCUCGCGGUACAGUUCCAAGAGCCUUUCUAACUCCAGAUGAAACAAGUUGACAGGAGCUCAGUCUGGCUCAGGGGUGGGCAACUCCAGUCCUCGGGGGCCUGAUUGGUGUCGCACUUUUUCUCCAUCCCUAGCAAACACAGAUGAUUAAUGCUGAUAGAGCUUGGUGUAUAUAUAUGUAAAGAGCAUAUAUUAAAUAUUCAGCUCACUAAGCAUAGCUGCGGGAAGUAGUGGUGCUUCAGGACCUGCUGAAAAAUCAGAAUACCUUUUGAAUAAUUUUGAGAAUAAUACAUUCGCACACACUGGGCCUUUUACGAGUCCUGUAUUAGCUGACCAAUAUAGCCAUCUGAAGCAUAGUCACAUUUUUCUUCGAAAAUUGUAUUUUUUUCCCACAAAAGUAGUGCACUGGGCCUUUCAUAAUCCUGUAUUAAAGACCCAAAAUAGCUGUCUGUAGUGCAGGCAUUUAAAUAUAUAUAUAUUAUGUUAAACUAAUACAGGCCUUCACGAGGCCUGUAUUAGGGGAAAGAUAUAAACUCGUCCUCUCAAUGUCAACUGCGGUUAUUUUCAGCAAACGUAACAUGUGUAAAUAUUUAUAUGAACAUAACAAGAUUCAACAACUGAGACAUGUGACUAACAUAAAUGGAAUAAUGUGUCCCUGAACAAAGGGGGGUCAAAAUCAAAAGUAACAGUCAGUAUCUGAUGUGGCCACCAGCUGCAUUAAGUACUGCGUGCAUUUCCUCCUCAUGGACUGCACCAGAUUUGCCAGUUCUUGCUAUAGUAAGAUGUUACCCCACUCUUCCACCAAGGCACCUGAAAGUUCCUGGACAUUUCUGUGGGGAAUGGACCUAGCCCUCACCUUCCGAUCCAACAGGUCCCAGACGUGCUCAAUGGGAUUGAGAUCCGGGCUCUCCUCUGGCCAUGGCAGAACACUGACAUUCCGGGCUUGCAGGAAAUCACGCACAUAACGAGCAGUAUUGUCAUGCUGGAGAGUCAUGUCAGGAUGAGCCUGCAGGAAAGCUACCACAUGAGGGAGGAGGAUGUCUUCCCUGUAACGCACAGCGUUGAGAUUGCCUGCAAUGACAAGAAGCUCAGUCCAAUGAUGCUGUGACACACCGACCCAGACCAUGACGGACGGACCCUCCACCUCCAAAUCGAUCCUGCUCCAGAGUACAGGCAUCGGUGUAACGCUCAUUCCCUCGACGAUAAACGCGAAUCCGACCAUCACCCCUGGUGAGACAAAACCACGACUCGUCAGUGAAGAGCACUUUUUGCCAGUCCUUUCUGGUCCAGCGACGGUGGAUUUGUGCCCGUAGGUGACGUUGUUGUCGGUGAUGUCUGGUGAGGACCUGCCUUACAACAGGCCUACAAGCCCUCAGUCCAGCCUCUCUCAGCCUAUUGCGGACAGUCUGAGCACUGAUGGAGGGAUUGUGCAUUCCUAGUGUAACUCAGGCAGUUGUUGCCAUCCUGUACCUGUGGGAUUUUCAGAUGUACCGAUUGUGUGCAGGUGUUGUUACAUGUGGUCUGCCACUGCGAGGACAAUCAGCUGUCCGUCCUAUCUCCCUGAAGCGCUGUCUUAGGCGUCUGACAGUACAGACAUUGCAAUUUAUUGCCCUGGCCACAUCUGCAGUCUUCAUGCCUCCUUGCAGCAUGCCUAAGGCACAUUCACACAGAUGAGCAGGGACCCUGGGCAUCUUUCUUUUGGUGUCUUUCAGAAACAGUAGAAAGGCCUCUUUAGUGUCCUAAGUUUUCACAAUUGUGACCUUAAUUGCCUACUGUCUGUAAGCUGUUAGUGUCUUAACGACUGUUCCACAGGUGCAUGUUCAUUGAUUGUUUAUGGUUCCCUCGACAAGCAUGGGAAGAUCUGUGAAGUUAUUUGGAUUUUUAUGAAUUAUCUUUGAAAGACAGGGUCCUGAAAAAGGCACACUUCUUUUAUUGCUGAGUUUAGCAGUCGAUAGCGCAGGCAAAAUAAAAAUCGCAGCACCCCCACCCUCAAACAUCUUCCUGCUGCUAUAACUCUAAGAUCUAGCUACAUCUGCAAAUUGUUACAGCACAUGUAUGUUUAUACGUUUUUUCAGGUACUGAAAAUGAAUAUAGACAGGGAGCUGUGUACACAGAUGUAAAUACUGACACUGACAGUGUUAUAAAGAAACCUCAUUGCAUAUGUUUUGAACACAGAUAGUCAUUGUGAUUCAGGAAUGUUCUCAUGGCAUGAAUUUGAACAUUCAAGCAUCGAGCUGGUUAAGGUGACAUAUACGCAGUGAAAUUAGCUUAUGUAAAGAAGGGCCUAUGCCCAACAUACUGUCAGUGUUUGAAUUCAUAUUUAUUGCAAUUUAGUUAUUGUAACUGUUGUUAGCCUCAGUGUUUUGCACAUCUGAUUAUGUCAGCAUUAAAAUGCUGGGUGGAAAAUAUAUUGAUUUCAGAUAUGCAAUUUAUUAAUAUAUCAAUUAUAAAAUAUGAACUAUGUGCAGAAAGUAAGCUACUUUAUGAUGUAGGCUACAAUACAUCUAGGAUGCCAGUAAAUGUAGACUAUAUCUGUUUUCCUCAUUUGAUCCAGGAGAGUGGGUUGGGUAUAUUCACAGCAGAGGUAGACUACUUCAAGGAGUGUCCGAGGACACUGUGUCCCACGGCCAAGGGAGGUGAUGGGUAGACAUAGGAGGUCAGAUGAAUUCCAAUAAAAUAGCCUAAUGAUGUCCUCAAGACAAAAUAAAACAUAUAUUUACAAGGAAGGACACCUUGGCUCUUAGUUACUUUGUACCUAAGUUAGUUGUGACAAAAUAAGUAAGAAAUAAGAGUUGGCUCCUAUUUUACUACACCAUGGUCCAUAUAUAUGAGACAUUUUGGAAAUUAUC